AUGAAUGAUUUUAAUAGAUGCAAUAAGGUCUCGGGAGUAUAUUGUUUAAAACACGGUAUAAGUGAUCUAAAAAUAAAAAUUAAACUUAAAUCUCAAGACUCAAUCAUAUCUUUGCCCAAAUUCGAGGACUAUUCUCAAGGGUCUAAUGCCCUUAAACUAGACACCACCACAGAAGAAUAUGUUUUCAAGUGGCAAGAGAAAAUCUUCAGUCGUUGGGAAGUACAGCGAUAUAUAGAUGAACACAAUUGCAUCACAGAUGAUGAACUAAAAUAUCAUGAGAAUGUAAAGAAUAUAGAUUAUACACCAGGAAAAAUAUUCACUUAUGUUCAUGAAGAUUAUUACUUACCGUUGCCUUAUGAUACUGAUAAAAAAAGUAAAAAAGGCAUUUUUAACCUGGAAACAUAUUUAGAACAAUUAAAUUUGAAUGAUCCUAUCGGCAGAGUAUUUGGAGGUGAAAUGAUAUCAACAAUGCACUUGUUUAGUAGUGAUGAAAAUGUUAUGGAUCCAGUUGAAUGGAUGGCAAUGCAUGUUGUGUUUGACAAUUCUGAUUAUAAUGAAGAAUCACAACUAAUCUACAAACAAGAAGUAACUUUGCUAUCACUUUAUCAUAAUUUAACUCAAAACUACCUAAUCAUGACGCCAGAUGUUAACAAUUUGGAACUGAACCCAUACUCGGUGGAGACUCCAUCGGGGGUACAAUGGGGUUAUCAAUAUGCAAUUGAUGUUGAGUUUCACAAUUUGGAGGAUGGAGAAGAACUAGUAAUGUUGUUGAACAAACUACAUAAAAGAUGGGACAGAAAACAUAAACAUUUAGGGAACUUCCACAUGCCUCCUCCGGGUAAGAGACAGUAUUACGUAGCAUUGGAAAUAUUGACUGCUGAAGGUUUUGAUAUGGACAAUCUUUACAUUGAAUUUAAUAUUAAGGUGCCAGAAGAACUUCAGUGCGAAGAUACUCUCCAUGGCCGCACCCAUACAAGUGUGGCAAAUUUUAUUGAUUCCACUGAAGAGUGGACAUUUGGACAUAGUCUGGAGCUUAUUAUAGAAGCUGAUUCUGGAACAGAUCCUCCACCCCUCAAGUUGUUCUUCGAAGCUAUAUCCACGGACUGGUGGGGUCGUCACCGAACUGAAGGUUACGCCUAUUUACCGUUGCCACUUGUUCCUGGUCACUGCACCAAAACAAUGAGCUGUAGGAGACCAGAGGAGCUCGACAUAGUAACGGCAAGAAGCAGGCGGUUCUUUUUAGGAGGAUGUCACCUCAUCAAGGAUUUGAACGUUCUCAUUGACCCGCACUCAAAGAACGCGAACUUUACUUUCACCACAACUGGCACUAUCGCCAUUCGCUGGAACGUCAUUUCUCAAUCUCGAAUGGGCAAUAUUGGCAGUACAUCGGCAGUUUCUUCAUCCUGUGGUGCCAGUACAGCAUCAGCUCUGCUGCGGGGGGCGGAGGCGGCGUUGUACAAGUACAAGCAGGCCAGGGCGAGGCUGGCUGCUGCCACCAAACAACUCGUCGAACCAAGUGGGGAUGGAUUUGUAAAAUACUAA